GGUCUCGGAAGGUGCUUGGUACCCGACGACCGGGAGGUGGGAGAUGAGCAUCGCGACGGGAAGGUGCAGCCGGUGAGCGCAGCGCCCCAACUUACACCGCCAGGGCAGCGCCACCGUAGAUCCGGACCCAACGCCCUGUUAGAUGGACCUCCCGUACCGCACCCGCCGGGCCCAACUCUGUUCGUCGUGCAACCUGGAAUCAGCGGCGUAUACCGAAUUGAUCACCGGCCGUACCGCACAGAAUACCAUAGCUACACCGACGGGCUUUUAAGCAAGCGAGAGUCGACCACCUCGUGCAGUUCCCGGGCCGUGGCUGCGUCGCCCGGAAGCAACGCUCGGUCCCGGCCUCGGCGCACUCGCCGCCCUCGCCCGCCCUCUUCGCCAUGGAGCUCAACUCGGCGUCGAUCCACGAUGUCAUCCACCCGACGGCUGGCUACACCACGACUGCCUCGCUGCAAAAUCCACCGCCGACUGAGAACCAAGCUGCGGACCAGUCCGAGGCCUCGUCCUGGGCCUGCUCCCAGCUCAACCCCAAGAACCGGAUCGACAGCCUCGAGUACCCCCUGAACCCCCUCUGGAGGAUCGACGGUUGUACUGGUCUGGGCACGCAGUACUAUGCCACGCCCCUCUUUCUGCCCGACGUCACGCCGAUGCGCUUUGAUGUGUUCAUCCCUGAAGAGGCAGUGGACUCGCCCGUUCUCCGCGAGCUGUUGGAUCUGAGCGUAGCCUUCCACACCAAGGAUGCGACAAGACUCCGCCGGCUAGGCAUUUCCCGUCACAUCGUGCGCACGCUGCGAGCAUGGGUCACGAGGAAGGGUUACGGCAUGUAUUCGGCGCUGUGUCAGAGCCUGCCCUUCGGUUCCCGCAUCAUCCUGGAAAACCUGCAUGUCGACAUCGAUCGGAUCAGGAUCUCGGUCGUACCGACCUACUACGUGGAGAGGCAGCUGCUCGGUCUGGCGAGAAUCGGUCAGAGUCUGGGGCUCCCCCCUGAACUCGUCCCCCCAGCCGUCGAUAUCUCGCGCCUGAGCGUUGUUCAGCAGCUGCACGACAGCGUGUGCCUGGUCCGCAUGAAGGGCACCGGCGGGGGCGCCGAGGCCGACAAGCUCUGGAUUCUCAAGGCUCUGGCUAGCGGCACCAAGUACCUCUUCGUAGAACUGCGCAACCUGCUGCUCAUGGAGCCGCAUCCCAACGUCGUUUCAAGGCCCAAAUACCUCGUCACCAAGCAGUGCCGCUUCGGCGGCAAGACGGCUGUGGUCGGCUUCAUUCUCCCAUUCCACCAACACGGGAGCCUCCGCGACACUCUGCCGCUGCUACGGUUGCACGGUCGCCUCUCGCUGGACCUGCAGCUGAGAUGGGCUGUCCAGCUCGCCUCGGCCGUGUGCCACAUCCGCGAUCGCGGGGGCAUGUUCUACCCAGACCUGCGACUUGACAAUAUCCUGCUCUCGGCUUCUCACGACGUGGUCAUGGUCGAUUUCGAGCAGCGGGGUGUGUGGUGCGAGUUUUCCGCGCCGGAGGUCAACGCCAUCGAAUACGUUCGCAUCUUGGCCAGCGACGAGGUGAGCGAAGGCGGCCGCGGGCCAAACCGCGCCAUUCCCGAAGAGACCCGCCGUCUGUUUGCCGCGAUCCUCGACCGGCUCCUGCCCGAUUGGAACAUCCUGCAAGCCUGCGAGGAUUACGCUUCCCCCCGACCGCACGACUACCCGAAUUACAACAUCCCCUGGCUCAGCCUCGACGAGACGGAGCAGGAGGCAGCCAUGGUGUACAUGCUCGGUCGAGUCCUGUGGUGCAUCUUCGAAGGCCAGAGUGCGCCCCAGACAGCGGCAGUCUGGCAGUCGUACCGCCAUGAACCGGACAUCGAAUUUCCCGCAUUCCGCUUGACGCCGCCCAAGCUUAGAGUCCUCAUCAACCACUGUACGCGAGGGAGGCGCGGCGCGCUGUCCAGCCUGAUUGUUAGACGAGGGAGCAGGCUCGUCCUGCGUGACCAGCCGAACAGCAGCCCCGAGGCGGUGCUCGAUGUGGCUCGGAAGUGGUGGCGAGACGAAGUCGAGUUUGCGCAGCGGUUCCUCAAGAUGCGCGAGGAACGUAAAGCGAUUGGGGCGUGGUCUGGCAACUAUUUUCAGCGGCCGAAGUUGGUCGACGUUCUGGCCGAAUUGGAGCGUCUGAGCCAGGUCUUCGACACCGCAGGGAAUCUGAAGCCGCUACUGACUGUGGUGGCGACGUCGUCAUAGGAUGAGGCGCCGCGGCCGAUGUCACUGCGGUUGACGGGGGAGCGCCUUGAGCGGAUGGUGACUGCCAGCACUUAGCGCAGGGCUGCUGUGUGCAUUAUAUGGAGCGUGGCUAAGGGACACAUCAUUAUUCAUUUCGAAUGUUAUCCGAACUGUUCCAGACCAGAUUCCGCGGCGGCGAAGCCCGACCGGAACAGGGUCGUCAACGGCCUUCUGAGUUGCCGUCAUUGGCAAACCGGACAUACUUAGGCAGUAUACAACGGUAGCCUAGCCAUGGACGGGUGCAAGAUUAUAGAUAGGUAAUUGAUUCAGUUCCCGUGUCUCGGAUGACGGGUACGGAGGUGCAGAGUACACACGAUAAACCAGCAGUUAUCGUGCCCCGUCCCCAUCGAUGAUCCUCAUGUAUUGCUGCAUGUAUGGCGGGGCCGGAGCGUCUUCAGUCUUAGGCUGAGCAUUACAUGAGCGAUGGAAUGGACAUCAGAAUGCGCAGGAAGAGGUUGAAAAAGGCCGGCAGAUCGUCGGGCCAGCCCCGGCUUGUCGGUUUAGGGGAGAGAGAGCGGGGAGGGAGGGAGGGAGGGAAGGGGAAGGUGGAGCAUUGUGUGUGAAUACACCGAGAAAAACAACGGGACGCGC